AUGAGAAACCCAAAGGACAAAAUCCCUGAAAAGGACAUCUUGAAAAAGAGAAUCACAACCACAACAACCACCCCCAGCUCGGUUAAGAAAUCAGCAAGUGGUACGUCACUGUUGCCCAAACCAACUGCACGUAACACAGCAACCGACAAGCUGCAACGCACGGUCGAGGAAGCAAACAACAAUGCAGGUCAACCAAUGCAGGAAGAUCAGCAUAGCACUCCUUCUGUCAACGAUGAUCCAGCACCAUCUGCGACAGCACUCGACAAUACUGGUGCACCUUUGGUCAGCCAGAUGUCUUUCUCCCCUUCUGCCAACACGCCAGAGUGGGUGUUUCAUUUCCAGAGGGAAUUCAGAGCUCACGAGCAACGCAUUGCCUCCUUGGAGUACGCUAUGACCGAAAUAGACAGACUCAAGUCUGAACUGGAUGCCACGAAAACUGAAUUAGCUUCAGCAAAUGCUCAGGUUGCCUCUCUCCAAAAGCAACUCUUGGUGCGCACUGACUCUGGCAGCAAUGCCUCUCAGUAUGCGUCGCUCCCUCCAACAAUCCAGGCCACUAAUGGUCGUGCUCCAUCUCUUUCACCAGCAGAGUUUCCAGCUUUGCCUGCUAACAACACCAAGUCUGCCUCUUCUUCCCCAAAGAACGCUACCUCAUAUCAACCUGUCAAAAAACGUAAGAAGGAGUCAAUCAAAUCUAUCUUGCGCAUGUUUGAAGCACCCCGUGUUGUAGAUCCUUCCAUCUUGGAGGAUCCUCAAUACCGUUACUUCCACUUCGCUUGUAAGUAUCGCAAGAAGCUCGCCAAGUAUCGUAGUCAGCUACGUCGUCUCAGUCUUGACACUGGACGCAUCUUGGAUAUCCACUACCCUGCCAAGGGUAUUGUUGCUCUCUUGAUCCACCAGGAAUACUCAACUGACUUCCUUGCAACGCUGGCCAAGCACAAACUUGAGCCUAUCACCGACUUCGAUCAAUUUGCUGCUGCAAAUCUGAACGAUCCUGCUCUCCUCACUCUGGAUGAUGCUGCUCGUGCUGCUAAAGCCAGAGAGCUUCAACAAGCCCGUCUCGCUCGUGGUAUUCAACAUGCCCGCCAGUACUUGCGUUCUGCCAUUGCUCGUGAUUUUCAAAAGCAAGGCUUCCUAUCUAGUGAACAAGUGGAGACCAUCCUCCGUGGUGGAUCCAUCUCUACCUAUGUGAAUACUGACAUGGACACCCAAGGUUUUGAAUCCGCCUCCCUCUCUUCUUCUUUACCGCCACCCUCACCUGCUCCUCCUGCUCUCACCCUAACCACUUGGAAUGCCAAUGGUCUUGUCCGUCAAACCGUCAAUACUGUUACUGACUAUCUAAGUAAUUCUUCUCUCAUUUUCAUCACUGAAACAUGGGUGCUCCCUCCGUUACGAUUCCCCACAACAUGGCAGCAGUUCCAUACUGUGGAAUUUGAGGCUUGA